AUGCCGAGGCAGUCCACAGCUAGCCGCGGGGACGAUGGCUUCAACCACAUGAGCUCCAUCCAGUCGUCCAUAUUCGUCCUGCCUGUCAGACUGUUUUACAUCCAAAAAAGAUCCUCGCACAUCCCUGAUUCAUACCUGUGUCUCAACCUUUUUGAUCCCACGAUCCGCUUACUCUAUACCAGUACCAACACCAAAAGACCAGUAUCUGUGCCUGUGCCUGUGCCUGUGCCCGUACCCAUCACCGCCAUCGACAUGGCAGACUCCGUCAUAUCCGUCGAGUACAAGGGCCGCAUUGCCACCAUCACGAUAAGCAAUGAGAGGAAGCUCAACGCCCUAAACCAGCAGCAGUACUACGAGAUAGCAAAGGCGCUACGUGAGAUCGCGACCCACGAUGAGGUGUACAUCACCGUCUUGCUCGCCAAGGGGCGCUUCUUCUCUGCCGGCGCCGACGUCUCGAUAUCCAGGCAGGCGCCCGAGACAGAGACCGACGUCCGCCAGUACUGGAUGCGCUCCUUCCUCGCCUUCAACCUCAACAUCACGCAGGCCUUCUACACGCACCCAAAGGUCCUCGUCGUGGGGCUCAACGGGCCCGUCGUGGGGCUCUCGGCCGCCAUCGUCGCCCACGCCGACUUCAUCUACUGCGCGCCCCACACCUUCCUGCUGACCCCCUUCAGCUCCCUCGGCCUCGUCGCCGAGGGCGGCGCCUCGCGCGCCCUCGUGCAGAGGCUCGGCCCGGCCAGGUCCAACGAGGCCCUCAUCAUGAGCAAGCGCAUCACCGCCGAGCAGCUCGAGCGCGCCGGCUUCGUCAACGCCGUGUUCCAGACGGCGCCGAACGAGGACGCAAAGUUCCGCGAGCUGGUCCUGAACGAGGUCGAGGAGCGCCUCGGGCCACACCUCAACGGGGACAGCUUGCUCGGGAUCAAGAAGCUCAUCCGGCGGCCCGAGAGGGACGUCAUGGACGUGCAGAACGCGAGGGAGGUGUUUGAUGGCCUGGACAGGUUUGUGGCUGGGAUACCACAGGAAGAGUUCAGGAAGAUCGCCUCAGGCGAGAAGAGGCAUAAGUUGUAA